AUGCUCAACACUAACACCAGUACAGCAGUGCAUCAAACAGAUAUGGAAAUUGAUAAGCAAAGCAUGAAUCCAAGCCAAUAUGAACUAACUAACUCCUCCUUCCUCACAAAUCCAACCUCAUGGGCAGACGAAAAGUAUUUUCCCUCUGAUCAAGCGAAGUGA